UUGCAGGGGCUCAACGCAAUGAGGAAACACUGAAGCUCAUACGCACAGAAGAAGGAUCUGUCCCACCUGCUCACUUUUUGGAGCCUCGCGCUUCCCAUCUUUCUCUUCCAGCAGCCAUGACGACGGUCGUCAUGAUGAUGAUGCUGUCAGCAUCCCUCCUCCUGUCCUCUGCUCUUCCAUUCCAGCAGAAAGGAUUCUGGGAUUUUGGUGAAGACAUUGAUGUCAGAGAUCUGAUGACGAUGAUGAUGAAGGACCAGGAGGAAGGUUCAGGGUUUGAGGAUGUCCUUCCGCCCGAGGUGCCAACGUGUCCAUUCGGAUGCGUGUGUCACCUGAAGGUGGUGCAGUGCUCUGAUCUCGGUCUGAUUUAUGUGCCAUCCAACAUCCCACCCGACACGCUGCUGUUGGACCUGCAGUGCAACGGCAUCACAGAGAUCCGAGAGGGAGAUUUUAAAGGCCUCAGUAACCUCUAUGCGCUAAUUUUGAGGAGUAAUCUGAUCUCUCGAGUUCACCCUCGUGCCUUCCUGCCUCUGAAGCGCUUGCAGAAGCUCUACUUUUCCCACAACCUGCUCACCUCCAUUCCUCGCAACCUGCCUGCAUCCCUUGUUGAGCUGCGUAUCCAUGACAACCGCAUCCGCAAAGUAGCUGCAGGGACCUUCAGUGGCCUGGGAAACAUGCAUGUGAUUGAAAUGGGCCGUAAUCCCAUCCACAACAGUGGAUUUGAGCCAGGAGCAUUCAAAGGUCUCAAACUGAGCUACCUACGAAUCUCUGAAGCAGAACUCACCGGUGUACCAAAAGAUUUGCCAGCAAGUCUCCAUGAGCUCCAUUUGGACCAUAAUGAGAUUCAGGCUAUCGAGCUGGAGGACCUAAGCAGAUACAAGCAGCUGCAGAGGCUGGGUCUUGGGUCGAAUCAUAUCCUGCAUAUUGAACAUGGUGCGCUGUCUUACCUGCCCAGCCUGAGGGAGCUCCACCUGGACCACAACCGCCUCUCCAGCGUCCCCAGUGGCCUGUCCAACAUGAAAUACCUGCAGGUGGUCUAUCUUCACUCCAACAACAUUACCUCAGUGAAGGUGAAUGAUUUCUGCCCGACGGGGUUCGGUGUGAAGAAGGUCUUCUAUAAUGGCAUCAGUCUGUUCGGGAACCCUAUUGACUAUUGGGAAAUUCAGCCUGCCACCUUCCGCUGCGUCACUGACAGCAUGGCCGUGCAGUUCGGCAACCAUAAGAAAUAGAUACCCAGCACCCCCCUCCCCCCAACCUUCUGGCCCCUAUCCCUGCCCCCCACCACCGUCCACACACACACACACACACACACACACACACACACACACACACACACACACACACUAAAAACAACACCUAAACCCACAAACGCUAAAUUUAAAAACACAGAAAUAACCAAGACUCUUUUAACGACCCAUGUUUUAUAACAUCAUUGUAACGUCUUAUUUCGGAUGUUGUUGUAUGUUUCUGAUUAAUGCUUUAAUUUCGAUGUUACUUCGGUCUGUUACUUCGGUCCAGCAUCUAGCAUGUCUCCUGUCCAUACUGAUUGAAAGGAAUUUGUUAUCGUCUGUCUGUUUCAGUGUUAGCGUGCAUUACACUGCACUACAGCUUCACUAUACUUUACGCACUAAUUUAGUUCCCAGAGCACUUUAAUGAUGUCAAAAAAUCACCCAGAUUUUGUAACAAACAGUGACUGAUUUGAUCUGAUUAAUCAUGUCUCAUAUCUGGGCAUUUUCGUGACAAUUAAUCUUGUAUAUUAGGAGUGUUCGGCUGCUUUCACGCUAGCCUUCAUCUGCUGCAGCGCUUUUAAAUAUAAAACAUAUACAUACUGUAAAUUUCUUACAAAACAGAUGAAUGAACACACUGCAAUUCAUUACCAAUAAACACAUUUUCCAAAUGA